AUGAUUGUGUUGGAAUUGUCCACAAGUAUCUGUUCAAAAGAUGCUCCUUGUGCAAUCACAAUUGCUAUGACUGGUAUUCCGAUGGCUCCUGGAUUCCACAAAUGGCCACACUGUUGUGAUAUCAUGGCAACUUGUGAGAAAGGUUGUUGGGCCCCUGUGACAUAUUGCUUGAGUGUACCUGUGUACCUCUUCCUGAGGACCACAAAACUUGUCAGGAGACCCUCAAAUAUGCAGAUUUCUGUUGCCAAUUGUGUGAUCAGUACUAGAGUCCACCUUUGUUGUAUCACACAAUUGGCAAUGGAACUCCACAUAUACAAGGGGCUCCUUGCAAGUUUUGUGGUCCUCAGAAAGAGGUACACAGAAGCUGUUCUAAUGUUCAUGAUUAGAUGCCUCAAGUGUUGUAGUUGUGCAUAUUCAUAUUUGGGAGGAAUUGGGUUCUGUAUCAUUUCACCUAUCCGGAACGUGGGCAUGAUGGAGAUCUCCAACUCUCUAGAGCUCGAAGCUUCGAAAGAAAAUUAUUCUUUCCGACAGGGUGCUCUCUGUCGUACUCUUGGGUUUGCUGAGGCAUCCAAACUCAAAGCCCGCACUAUCAAUUUACAAAGGGUAAAUCAAAUGGAUGCAGAUAUGGGUCCCUCUUGUGUUGCAUCCAGAUCAAUUAAUGAUUUUCAAAAUCAUGUGAACUUUUCAAAAAGAAAUUUUGUCCAACAUGCUGAUACCAGCAUUGUGGGAAAAGAAGUAAAUGCGAAAUCUAGAGCGCAGAAAAGAUGGGCGCGAGGGUGUUUUUACUCUGGAUGA